AUUGAUAAAGAGUUAGUGGAUAGUUCUAAUUCAAUUAUUUUUAAAGCUGGAUUACCAAUAAAUUCUAAAGGAUUAGAUGUUAAUAAUCGUAUUAUUCAAGUAGUUACACUUCAAUUAGAAGAAUCUAAUAUUGAAUUAAAAAAUACAAGAAAAAAUUUACAUGAAUCUCUUGAAACAAUAAAUAAACUUCAUAAACAGCUUGAAGAAAUUUCAAAUUUAACAAGUACCAAUAAUUCAAUAAAUUCAGAAUCUUUAUCAUGUAUAUUUGAUGAACUUAUCAGUAAAGGAAAACUUGGCUCAUCAAUUUUAGUUAAUACGAAAGUUUAUCUUGAAUUAAUAAUAAACAAACCAUGUUCUGUAUGUAGUAAGAAAGAUAUUAUAAAUUACAAAUAUACAAUUCAAGUAUCUGAAUUAAGUAUAUGUAUUACUAUUAUAUGUUUUAAUUGUGGAACUCAAACUAAUCAUCAUAAUAAAGUUAAUAGUAUUAAUUUUUCAAAAGCAAUUUCAGCUGCAGGAUUAGUAAGAGGUAUAAAUCAAGAAGAAGUUAGAACAAUGCUUUCAUUUAUUGGAAUAACAUGUCAAAGUGGUAUAAAGCAAUAUUUUCAGCACCAAGAUCUUUUUUUAAAUGAAUUAGUUGAAACAGCUAAUAAAAAUGCUGAACAAAAUUUGCGUAAAAUAUAUAAACUAAUUUAA